AUGGAUAAGACCGAUUACACGACGAAACUGCAAAGUCUGUUGGAGGACGAAGGUGCCUAUGAGCUUUCGGAGACUGGAGAGUUCAAGAAACACGUGAAUAGCGUAAACAGGGCAAUAGACAAGUUGAGGAAGGCAAGAGCCCUGAAAAGAAAUGAGGCAUUGGCGGCAAAAGCGACAGAUGCCGCCAUGGCGCGUUUCUACAGCCUGCCAAAAGUGCAUAAGCCAGGAGUCCCCCUACGCCCCAUAGUCUCCCUACGCGGCACCCCGACCUUUGGACUCUCAAAAUGGCUUAACCAACGGUUUCGUUUCCUCACCGCGGGCUCGGAAUGGACGGUGAAGUCGGCUAAAGAAUUCCUGAAAAGCAUCAGAAACCUAGAAAUAGAACCAGAUGAGAUGAUGGUAUCGUUUGACGUGGUCUCAUUAUUAGCGUCCAUUCCAACCGGCCUCGCCAUCAGCACAAUUGACGAGCUUCUUCAGGAAAAGUAUGAUGACGUUGAUCAACAACUUAAGCAAACGCACACCACUGAACUUCUGGAAUUAUGCCUCAGGACUUUCUUCACUUUUGGCGACCGGGCAUCCUCCAAUUCCGAAGUAACCACCCUAUUGGUCACAAGCGAAGUUGUGUGA